AAGCGCUCUCUGCUGAAAUUGCCACAGCUAUGUGAUUGACUUCUAAAGUGUCCAAUCACAGAGCGGCGGUGGCUGCGAAGAGCUCACGCUAGCCAAUCCUGGCACAGGAGUCGGGGCUUGUCUGAAUAGUGGUGGAGAAAAUAAAUAACGCAUUGCUCGACGUCUAUAUUAACGCUUUUUCUGUUAGCACACCAUUAUGUUUAGCAAAUUUGGCAUAUUGUCUAUUUAUUUGUAAUUAUUUGUAUUUAUUUAUUUUAUUCACAUACAUGUUAUUAAAGUGUAACGCUCCACUCUUGUCGUUUGUUCAUUUAAAUCACUGCUGUACAUCUUUGUCGGAUGACGUUACAGGAACGAUAAAUUAACAUUUAGUUUCGUUGUAUAACUUGGUGUAUGUGUAUCUCUAUCUCUGGCUUUUCUACAUUCGCUGUAAUAUAACAUGUAAGAUGCCAUCGGCAUUACUAAAAAAAUAAAAUCGUUUGUGUUUGCACGAACCAUCAACCAACGCAUUGUGUGUCACCCAUAUGUUGUUCCAACGACAGCGACUUUGCCGCAAUUCGAAACGCUUUACAGCACAACGAAGGAUUCCGUUGCCAGGGUAACAGUCCAUACUCGCACGCUAUUCGAUGAAACUCUGCCGGAAAGCUGUUCGCUGUCAUGGAAGCUGCGUUCCGCGAACAGAUCCCCGUCUUUUGUUGACAAUUUUACUGUUUUAUCGCAAUUAAACCGACCGCUCGCUUCACCUGUUUGCAAAAUACAGCACGUCAUGGCCGAAAAGUUUGAUAACCUCGAAGAACACCUCGAGAAAUUUGUCGAAAACAUACGACAGCUUGGGAUAAUUGUCAGCGAUUUCCAGCCCAGCAGUCAAACCGGACUCAACCAGAAACUGAACUAUAUGAUCUCAGGACUUCAGGACAUUGAGAAAUGCCGACAGCAGCUUCAUGAUAUCAACGUACCGCUGGAAGUGUUCGAGUAUAUUGAUCAGGGUCGUAACCCUCAACUGUACACAAAGGAGUGCUUAGAAAGAGCUUUGGCUAAAAAUGAGCAGGUCAAAGGAAAGAAUGAUACACUGACUAAAUUUAAAAGCCUCCUCAUUUCUGAGCUGGGGAAGGUUUUUCCUGAAGAGAUGGCUAAAUAUAAGGCCAUUCAUGGAGAUGACCCUCCUUCAUGAGUUACCAGUGACACAACACUUCAAACCCAAGAUGUACAUAUGUUGAUAUUAAUGCAAUUUUUUUUUACAGCUUUUUCAUUUUUGUAUUUGCCUUUGUAAUCCAUAAACUUAAAGUUUAAAAACUGAGGGACAUUUUGGGGUAUCCUUGAAACAGCUUUUUUUCAAAGUUUUUUUUUUCCUCAUGCAUUGUAAUUUUUACAGCAUAUUUUCUUUAUUUUUCAUUGAAUAAAUGAUUAUUUUGUGCAAUGGUAAA